GCGGGCCGGGGGCGGGGGGGCGCCCCUGUGAGCGGCCGAGCUCCCGCGCCCGCGCCGGCCGCCCGCCGCCAAACUUUGCGGCGCGCACACAUGCUCCAAGUUGGGCGCGGCGGCGGCGCGGGCGGGCGCUGAGGGCGGCGCGGGGCGGCCAUGAGCGGGCGGCCGGUCUCCCGCAAGCAGCGGCUCAUGGCCGCCGUGGGCGAGCGGGCGGCGGGCGGCGGCGGCGCGCCGCUCUCCUGCUUCAUCUGCGGCGGCGGCAUCGGGCGCGGCAAGGAGCUGAAGCUGCAGGUGAAGCAGCCGGCGGCGGCGGGCGCGGGGACCCCGGCGCAGCCCUUCUUCCCGUUCCUGCAGCAGCAGGAGCCGGCGCCCGGCGCGCGCGAGCUGUCCCCGGCCGACGGCUGCGUGCUGGUGUGCGCCGUGUGCCGCUGCUUCCUGGGCGAGCAGUGGGCCGCCUUCGAGCGCGCCCGCACGCCCGUGGACAAGCGCAUGUACUGGCUCAAGCGGCCCCACCAGUGCGACGCGGGCGCGGGCGGGCGCCGCGGGGGCGCAGGGGCCCCCCGCGAGUGGAACGUCGCCUACGCCCUGGGUGGCGCGGCCGGCGACGACGACGAAGACGACGACGGCGGUGGCCCCGGCCCCCGGAUCUCCGCCGAAGAGCCUCGAGACUCGGAGUUGUCGGAGCUGUCGGACACCGACCCCCUCUCGGAGCCCGACUCUGUCGCGCGCGACGCCUUAAGCCCCCGCCAGGACGGGGCGCCAGCGGCGCGGACCCCUCUGGGGCCUGGGCCUCGUGGCGGCCGCUGCCAGGAGUGGAGGACGGCGCCGGGACCCCCUCCGGGACAGAGCGCCGAGACCCCCGCGCAGGGUGACGUGGAGGAGGAGGAGGGGGACCCCUCGAAGCUCCACGUGGACGGGGAGCCCAAGACCGGCAUUCGGCGCCGGAGAAAGGGCGUCGGGAGGCCCUGGGUCCCUGAGGCCCGGGCCAGUGUCCUGAGAGGGAUUCAAGGCCCUUGGCCAGGCCCUCCAGCCCCAGUGGCCCCUGCAGACGGCAUGAGAGGAGCCCCUUCAGGCAGGGCCGUCAAGACGCUGGAGAGCAGGCCCCUGGGGGAGCCCCGUGGAGGCUACUGCCUCUCCGAGGACAGUGACAUCCACAUCACCAGCGAGGAGGAGGACCGCAAGGAGCCGCCUCUCCCGAGCCCCUGUGGCCCCAAAGAGAAGGAGACCGGUGGCCGCGUCCCCCGGGUUCCUCCGGAGAGCCGCCCGGCGCCACCAGGGGGCCUUUGCUGCUACAUCUGCGGGUCGGCGCUGUCCCCGGCCUCGCAGCACCAGAUCCACGUGCAGAAGCAGGAGAAGCUGGCUCAGGCCCCCUUCUUUCCCUUCCUGUGGCUGCACAGCCCACCUCCCGGGGCUCAGCCCAUCAGCGAGGGCGGCAGCACGCUGGUGUGUCCCUGCUGCUUCUCCUCCCUCAUGCAGCAGUGGCAAAGCUUCGAGCUGGCCAGCGUGCCUGUCCUGCAGAGACUGUACGUGGUGCCUCUGAACAGCCACGCCCCCGGCAUGGCCUCCAAGGGCAGGAGGCUCCCGAGGGAGGAGGGCACCACCUCGGGGACCCUGCCAGAGGCCUGCUACCUCUGUGGUGAGGACUGCACCCCUGACGCCCGGGCUGUGGCCUCCAGGAUCCUCAAUGGCAAUGCCAGGAGCACCAUGCAUUUCCCCUUCCUCAGCCUCCUGCCCUGCCCCCCCAAUGCCCGAGGCCCCAACAAGCGCGGUGAGGUUCGUAGCUGCCCCAAGUGCUUCAGCGUCCUGGAGGACAUCUGGGCCCUGUACCGGGCCUGUCAGAAUGAGGAGCUCAUCACCUCUGUGCAGGGCUUCCUGGGCAGGUACCACCAGGCCUUCCCUGCCUCUGACCCUGCUCUCUCCGAGCUGCCCACAUCGACCCAGGGCAGCGCCGUGUCCGUCUGCUACAUCUGCGGGACUGAGCUGGGCCCCGGGAAGGAGUUCCAGCUCAACGUGAACCCCUCCAGUCGCUUGGGCGAGAAGGAACCCUUCUUCCCCUUCCUCACUGUGUACCCACCUGCUCCACGUGCCAGGCCUGCCGACUCCACGGGCCUGGUGGCCACCUGCGUGCUCUGCUACCACGACUUGCUAGGCCAGUGGCUGCAGCACGAGGCACGCAAUGCCCACCAUGCUGUCAGUGCCUGGUCCCGGCAGUACCAAGUGGACACGUUUGUGUGCUUCUUCUGCCAGCAGGAGAGGAAGCGGUGUCUUGGGUUGAAGGCUGUGCGGGUGGCCCGGCUGCCCUUGUUUCUCUAUACCCUGCGAGCGAGCCACAGCCUGCUGGUGGACGACGGGCGGCAGCUGAUCAUCGGCGCCUGUGUGGAGUGUGGGACGCUGGUGUGUGCUGGCCAAGGGCUUACCCGCCAGGGACCUGUGGGCUGGAGCUCCCCAGUGGCAACGGCGAUAAAGGUCACCUCUGCAUCUCUCGAGGCACCGGCAGCCACCCACCCUCCCGCCCGGGAGCCCGAGCCCUGGCUGGGGACCCCAGCGGAGAGCCUGCUCAGAGGCCCCAAGACCGCCCAGGAGCUGGGGCCAGCCCGGUGUCAGCAGAGCAGCCUGGACGGGGCCGGACCAGACCUCGCCGGCACAGGCAUGAGCCAUGAGCCCAAGUCCCCUUCACUAGGAAUGCUUUCCACCACGACCAGGACCACCGCCACCGUCAACCCCCUCACCCCCUCGCCGCUCAAUGGCGCCCUGGUGCCCAGCGGCAGCCCCGCCACCAGCAGUGCGCUGUCGGCCCAGGCCGCGCCGUCUUCCAGCUUUGCCGCUGCGCUGCGCAAGCUCGCCAAACAGGCAGAGGAGCCCAGAGGGUCUUCACUGAGCAGUGAGUCGUCCCCUGUGUCCUCUCCAGCCACCAAUCACAGCUCCCCUGCCAGCACGCCCAAGCGCGUGCCCAUGGGCCCCAUCAUCGUCCCCCCCGGGGGCCACAGCGUCCCUAGCACGCCCCCCGUGGUGACCAUCGCCCCUACCAAGACCGUCAAUGGCGUCUGGAGGAGCGAGAGCCGGCAGGACACCAGCUCUCGGGGCAGCAGCAGCGGUCGAGAACGCCUCAUCGUGGAGCCCCCACUGCCCCAGGAGAAGGCGGGGGGCCCGGCCAUUCCCUCCCACCUGCUCAGCACCCCCUAUCCCUUUGGCAUCUCCCCCAGCUCAGUGGUGCAGGACUCCCGGUUCCCACCACUCAACCUCCAGCGGCCUGUGCACCACGUGGUGCCCCCCAGCACGGUGACCGAGGACUACCUGAGGAGCUUCCGGCCCUACCACACCGCCGAGGACCUCCGCAUGUCCUCCCUACCUCCCCUCGGCCUGGACCCGGCCACUGCUGCUGCCUACUACCACCCCAGCUACCUGACUCCGCACCCCUUCCCCCACCCGGCCUUCAGGAUGGACGACUCCUACUGCCUAUCCGCCCUGCGGUCCCCCUUCUACCCCAUCCCCACCCCCGGCUCCCUGCCUCCGCUGCACCCCUCGGCCAUGCACCUUCACCUCUCCGGGGUCCGCUACCCCCCGGAGCUGUCCCACUCGUCCCUGGCGGCACUGCACUCGGAGCGGAUGUCCAGCCUCAGCGCCGAGCGGUUAGAAUGCUGGGUUUCCAUGGAAACCUCGGGCGUGGCUGUCAGGUCCUCACGUCUGGGAAUUCCGUCACUGGGCUGUCCUGGUCCCUUCACAGUGGAGCUCAGGCUCCCUUUCCGCUCCCACAGGCUGCAGAUGGAUGAGGAGCUGCGGCGUGAGCGGGAACGGGAGCGGGAACGGGAGCGGGAAAGGGAACGGGAACGGGAACGGGAGGCCGACCGUGAGCGGGAGAAGGAGCGCGAGCGCGAGAGGGAGAAGGAGCGCGAGAAGGAGCUGGAACGCGAGCGCGAGAAGGAGCGCGAGCGGGAGCUGGAGCGCCAGCGCGAGCAGCGGGCCCGGGAGAAGGAGCUGCUGGCCGCCAAGGCCCUGGAGCCGGCCUUCCUGCCGGUGGCUGAGCUGCACGGGCUGCGUGGCCACACCUCAGAGGAGCGGGUCAAGUCCGCGGAGCAGCUGACCCCAACCCGAGCAGAGAAGCUGAAGGACGCGGGCCUGCAGGCGCCCAAGCCUGUGCAGCACCCCUUGCACCCGGCACCCAGCCCCCAUCACACCAUGCCCAGCCUUCUCUCCAGCCACGGCAUCUUCUCUCUGCCGGGCAGCAGCGCCGCCACGGCCCUGCUCAUCCAGCGCACCAACGAGGAGGAGAAGUGGGUGGCGCGGCAGCGGCGGCUGCGGCAGGAGAAGGAGGACCGGCAGUCGCAGGUGUCGGAGUUCCGGCAGCAGGUGCUAGAGCAGCACCUGGACAUAGGCCGGCCCCCAGUGCCCACGGAGCCCGAGCACAGGCCCGAGAGCACCAGGCCGGGACCAAACCGUCAUGAGCCGGGUAGCCGAGACCCCCCGCAGCACUUUGGCGGGCCCCCGCCCCUCAUCUCGCCCAAGCCCCAGCACCACUCCGUGCCCACGGCCCUCUGGAACCCGGUGUCCCUGAUGGACAGCACCCUGGAGACACGGCGAGCCCCCGAGAGCCACCCUCUGCACAGCCACCCUGCCCUGUUCGAGCCCGGCCGGCAGGCGGCAGUCCCGCUGGUGAAGGUGGAACGGGUCUACGGCCCAGAAAAGGUGGAGGAAGGGCCCCGGAAGCGCGAGGCCACCCCCCUGGACAAGUACCAGCCGCCUCCACGGGAGUCGGGGAGCCUGGAGCAACAGGCCUUUCCUCACGGGCCUGGGCCCUUCUUGGCUGAGCUUGAGAAGUCCACCCAGACCAUCCUGGGCCAGCAGCGGGCCUCCCUCACCCAGCCACCCCCCUUUGGGGAACUCCCUGGACCCCUGAAGCCGGGCUCACCCUACCGGCCCCCGGCACCACGCGGCUCUGACCCCGCCUACAUCUAUGAUGAGUUCCUGCAGCAGCGCCGGAGGCUGGUCAGCAAGCUGGACCUGGAAGAGCGCAGGCGGCGGGAGGCCCAGGAGAAAGGAUACUACUACGACCUCGAUGACUCCUAUGAUGAGAGUGACGAAGAGGAGGUCAGGGCCCAUCUCCGCUGCGUGGCCGAGCAGCCGCCCCUCAAACUGGAUACAUCCUCCGAGAAGCUAGAGUUUUUGCAACUUUUUGGCUUGACCACCCAACAGCAGAAGGAGGAACUGCUGACCCAGAAGCGGAGGAAGCGGCGGCGGAUGCUGAGAGAGAGAAGCCCAUCGCCCCCGACGAUUCAGAACAAGCGGCAGACACCUUCGCCGAGACUGGCCCUGUUCACCCGCUAUAGUCCCGACGAGAUGAACAACAGCCCCAACUUCGAAGAGAAGAAGAAGUUCCUGACCAUCUUCAACUUGACCCACAUCAGUGCCGAGAAGAGGAAAGACAAAGAGAAACUUGUCGAAAUGCUCCAUGCCAUGAAGCAGAAGGCACUGUCAGCGGCAGUGGCAGACUCUCUCAGAAACUCUCCGAGGGACAGUCCUGCUGCCUCCCUGAGCGAACCAGCCACGCAGCCAGCCUCUCUGGAUAUGGAAAAGCCGGUGGGUAUUGCUGCUUCCCUGUCUGACGUCCCAAAGGCCACAGAGCCUGGGAGACUGGAGCAGCUCCGGCCACAGGAACUGUCUCGAGUCCAGGAGCUGACUCCUGCCAGCAGCGAGAAGGCCAGGCUGAAUGAGGCCCCCGGGGGCAAGAAGAACCUGAGCAUGAUGCAUUACAUCAGGGGCCCCGCCCCCAAGGACAUUCCCGUGCCCCUGUCCCACAGCGUCAAUGGGAAGAGCAAGUCGUGGGAGCCCUUCAUGGCAGAGGAGUUUGCACAUCAGUUCCACGAGUCCGUGCUGCAGUCCACCCAGAAGGCCCUCCAGAAGCACAAAGGGAACGUAGCCGUGCUGUCCGCAGAGCAGAACCACAAAGUUGACACGUCCAUCCACUACAACAUUCCUGAGCUGCAGUCCUCAAGCCGGCUCCCUCUGCCCCAGCACAACGGGCAGCAGGAGCCCCCUGCCGUGAGGAAGGGCCCCCUCACACAGGAGACGGACCAGGACUCGGAAGAGGAGGAAGAGGAGGAGGAUGGAGAAGAGGAUGAUGAGGAACCCCCCAGGCGCAAGUGGCAAGGGAUUGAGGCAAUUUUUGAAGCUUACCAGGAACAUAUAGAAGAGCAAAAUCUGGAGCGGCAGGUGUUGCAGACGCAGUGCAGACGGCUGGAGGCCCAGCACUACAGCCUCAGUCUCACAGCGGAACAGCUCUCCCACAGCAUGGCGGAAUUGAGGAGCCAGAAACAGAAGAUUGUCUCAGAAAGGGAGCGAAUCCAGGCGGAACUGGAUCACUUCCGGAAGUGCCUUGCAUUGCCUGCAUUGCAUUGGCCUAGGGGUUACUUUAAGGGAUAUCCUAGGUGACGGUUUCCCUUGCACUAGGCCGAACCUAUAGUAUAGAAAUAUUAUCUAUUUUAUUACCUUGAAUAUUUAAUAUUUUUCACUGGGAGGUUUGAAGCUUAAAAAAAAUAAUAAAGAAUGUGCCAUGCAUGAAGCAAAGGAUUCCAGACUCCAGAAAAAGAACGAACUCACCUUGACUUCAAUGCAACUGAAUCACCUUUGUAAUUCAGCGAGCAACCAAUGUAGGACAUCGCCCAUAUAUUUUUUUAAAAGGCAAUUUUAUUUCUUUCCCCAUGUCACCGUUUUAAAAUCUGAAAAUGAAGGCUCCGUUACCAACACUAAAACUUUUAUCAUUUAUAGCCCCUGGGUGCAUAAGAUUGGAUCAAACUGCUUGUGUUCUAUUUCUUGUGUUGCCAUAUUACUAUGCCUGAAGACCCAAGUUUGCUUUUGCUGCAGCAGAGGGUCGGUCUCAUGCCUCCCCAGGACUGAGACCUGCUUCAGCUGAAUGAAGGUGGGGUGCAUUUUAAGUGAAGGGCUUAUUUGUUUUGGUUACUUUUCUGCAAAAUUUUCUUCAAAGCAACAGUACUAAAAGUCUCACCAAUAGCAGGCUUUUCCCUGGAAAAGCUCUCACCUAAAGAUAAAGCAAAUUCACAAACUGAAGGUACCUUUUUUAUUACUCCAUGGGGUGGGGGGGGAGUGUACAGAGCUCUAUGUAUACAUAAAUGCACACCCACCAAAUUGUUGCUGCAGUGGGGGGUGUUUUCAUACAAACAAAUUUUGAGAGAAAAGUCAAAGGUGCUUCAGCCUUGUACUGUGUAUAUAUAUUAAAAAACAAAGUUUUGUAUGUUUUUAUUACUUUAAUUAUUGUUAUAAAAGGCCUGCCAUUUUUAAUAUGUGGUUUUGGGGGAUUUUUGUUUGUUUUCCUGUUUUGGGGUUUUGUGUUUUGUGUUUUUUUUCUGGGCAAAAAAAAAACAAACAAACUUGCUUUUAGUGUUUGUACUGCUGCUGGUCAGGACAUUAAAUAUUGAAGUGUUUUUAAAAAUUAAAGACGAAGAAAAGUAAAAGAGCUUACCACUGGCGCCUAUGCGAUCACUUCAUUUUUGAGUUGCACCAGAAAAUGAUCUAGAAAGCCAUGCGUUACUUCUUACCUCCUUCUCUACCCUCUCCCCCCAGCUCUGGACAGCAAAUAGCAGUUAUACCUAGUUGCUAUCAGUGAGGAGGGGCUAGUCUAUGGUGAACAAGACAUACUGGGUGUGCACCUAUGCAUGCACCUACAGACAUGGGGCUUUUUGCAAAAGAACCUUUCAGGAAGUGAGCAGUUUGUGAUAGCAUUCUAAGGUGUCUUACAGCAGUCUGAGAACAGGUGCAAAGUAGAAACUCUAGAGGCUUUAUUUAGAUGCAAAGCUUUGUAAAAGCCUAAAAGUAGAAUAAAGGAUAAACAAUGUCUGAGCUGAACUUCUCCUCCUUUUGAACUGACUGUGACAAGCACAGGAGCAGCUAGAAAGAUAAUCAGAUCAGUGCAAAGCAAUGGGGAAAUUUUUCCUUCUUGUCCCAGUUAACUGCUCACUCAGGCAGGGUUUAAUAGAUCAAGCAAGUAUCUCUUGCCUGAAUGGGCUUGAACCAGAGGCUAAAGCAGCCAGUGGUUGGUCUGCCAGGGGAGAGGGGAUGGGAGGAGGUCUGAGUGUGAUCACGCCUCCCCUUUACCCAGGGGAAGGGCUGGCUGACCUUCAUGAAGGCUACUCACUGUGAUCAGUGGCCGCACCCUCAGCCCCAGACCUUAGCUGUGCAGAACAGCUUGCUGGCAGAUGGCAUUGUGUCGCUUUAUCUGUUCCCACACAGUUUGCUUUGUAUGUCUGCCAAGAAUCUUCCAGUUAUUAGCAAACUCAGACAAAAAGUGCCGCCAGUAUUAUCAGCAGUCAACAAGCGCCUUCCUCUCCACAGAAACGAUUUGACGAGAUCUAAGGGCUGUUCUGUGGCCUCCCCUGCAAAGACAUUGAGAGAUCAACAUGUUCCACAGGUGGGGACAGGUGUUUAGAGGGAACUCUAUUGCCAACAAUCAGGGCAAAAUGUCACUGAAUUUCUCUCUUUAAAAUCUGCUUGCUGCUUCUGGUCUGAAAGCUUAAGAGCUACAUCUUAGCACUUCACUCCCAGUCCUCCUUCGCCAUCACAGAAUGUCUGAGUACUAGUAAUUUUGCUGAUCAGCUUUGGUAAUGGCCUUGGCUUAGAAAAAGAAAAACGUAGACCUGAUAACUUGAUGGGAAAGGAAAGCAGAGCCCCAUUCCUCCUCCAGCCCAGGGGGGCUCCCUUGGGGUUUGUUUAGUUGUCAGGGAGGACGUCCCUGCGCUAGUAACAACUGCUUUUCCUUCUUCCCAUUGAAAACGCCACUAUCACCCUGCACUUGAGCUUCUGUCACUCCGUCACACCAAACUCCCACCCAUCUCUAGAGAUCUCUGCAUAUUCUUGGGCUUAAGAAGUAAUAUGACAAUCAGAGAAUAUAAAUAUACACCAGAAAAGGCAGCAUAAUAAACUAAGAAAAAGGUAAAGUGUCUUUUGAAACAAAUGCACCACUAAGACAUAGUACCCAAUAAUGGUUUUUCCAUCCAAUAAUUAGUUCUAAAAUCUUAAAACACAUUUUCAUCUCAUCUAAUUUUUCUUUUCAGUUUGGGCUUAAAAAUGGGCAAAUAUGCACUCUGAAGAUUUUGUUCAGCUAUAUCACACUGAGUUUAAAAGACACAGCUCAGAAGAACACCGAAUUUGCUCUAGAAUUGAUUUUGCAACCUGUGUCAGUCCUCCACGGCCUCAUGUGCUUCCUACAGCACCGGCAGGAGAUGGCUGUUUUGUUAACUUGUGAGGGACACCUUCCAAAGCCGAAUCCCCAGCUUCGCAUUUAAUCAAAUAUUUAGGGACAAACCAAGAGCGUUCCUCAAAACUUGGAUCUACAUACCUGAUCAUUUGAAAAUGCAUUGGUUCUCUGUUUCAUAUAAUCAGAGCCAAACUGACAAUGAAAACAUUUCAUGAUAUAAUCCAUUGCCUAACAUAAAUGGCCAAGGUAGGGUUUUCAACAGUUUUAGUCUACAUUCUAAAGGAAAUAAAACACUAAAUUGGCAUUAACCUUCUAUUAGAUAAUACCCUUAAGGAAAUUCAAAGAAUAUUCAGCAGUGAAGAAUUAUAACACAAGAAAUCUUACGUUUGUACAUGGAACGGUAUUUCCUAAAGGCUGCCUAAUCUCAAACAUUACAUCAAGAUACUCCCUUUCCCCCUGAGCCAUGUGUUUUUAAAGUGUAGAAAAUUCCAAGGAUCCACCACAAGAUGGAGAUGAUCAGCACAAGCCGAUUCUGUUACUCUUAAAUAAGUGUAUAUUAGCCAUUUAGCAGCAAUCCCUAUACUCUUUCAAGUAACCAAGCUAUUGACUUUCUUACUACUUGCAGUAGCCUGUCCCCAACUUUUGAUCCAGCACUUAACUUAAACUCCUUAACUCUGCCUAGACCUGAGGAAGACCAUGCUAAUUGGUUGUGUUACUUUGUAUGUACCCUGUGUUUAAUUGCUAGAACAGUAAACCAGUACAUGGGAGGGAGGAGGAACAGUGCCUCGGUCACUCUGGGGGCAGUUUAGAUGCUGUGAAAUUAAACCUGUUCUAAGUGUACUUGUUUGAAUUAAUUGUAUUGUAAUAUUAUUUGUUGAAUGUAGUAAUUAGGUAUUUAUGAAUAUAUUGCUGUAAUUUCUGACAACAUCCAAAAAAAAUAAAAUCUUCCUAAAUCAUGUUAA